AUGAGGUGGAUUCCUUCUCAGGGGGGUUCAAUGCUAGUGUCUCAGGGAUUACUACAUAAAAUAAGACCGUCGCCAGUGGCUUCGCCAUCCCGGUUGCUUCUCUCUUCUACACCUUCAUCUUCUUCAGCUCGCUGUCAUAGUACUCGUGCCGUGACUCAGAAAACUUCCACAAUGGCUCGAUUUCCCACACAACAAAACCGUCCGGUCCAUGCGACACCGUAUGUGAACCAUUCGGGACCAAUUGAGCAAAAUUAUGACACUGCCAACCCUGCCUACAUUCGCAAAUACCUCCGCACAUACGGCCUGACUCCUCCCCGCGCCGAAAGCUAUGAAGUCCAGAAAACACGGUGUCUUGCACAGCUGGCUCUGAAGCAGACCCCCAUUGACAAGUUCCUCUACCUCAGCACCCUUCGUAAGAACAAUGUGCAUCUGUUUUACCGCUUGGUCACAGACCAUCUCAGGGAAUUGACGCCUCUCAUCUAUACCCCGGUCGUUGGCGAAGCCUGCCAGAGGUGGUCCGAGAUCUACCAGCAGCCGGAAGGUAUGUACCUAAGUUGGGAAGACCGGGGUAACUUGGCCGCUGUCAUUGCCAACUGGCCCCAGUCCAAUGUGGAGAUCACAUGCAUUACCGAUGGCUCCCGAAUUCUCGGUCUAGGUGAUCUUGGCAUCAACGGAAUGGGCAUUCCCAUUGGCAAACUGGCUCUAUACACUGCUUGCGCUGGUAUUCGUCCCGAGGCUACUCUGCCCUUGACUCUUGACCUGGGUACGAGCAACAAGACUCUCCGGGAAGACCCGCUUUACAUGGGUAGCCGCCGUGAUAAGGUCAGCCCCGACGAGGAACGGGAAUUCUUGGACGAGCUGAUGACCGCUCUUACCGAGCGUUGGCCUGGAAUUGUGAUCCAGUUUGAAGACUUCAAGAAUCCUUUCCCUGCCUUGGAAAGGUACCAGGACGUCUACACCUGCUUCAACGAUGACAUUCAGGGUACAGGUGCCGUUAUCCUCGGUGGUGUCAUCAAUGCCGUGAAGCGCUCCGGGCUGCCCUGCAAGGAUCACCGUGCUGUCUUCCUAGGUGCGGGAAGUGCCGGUGUUGGUGUCGCUAAGCAGAUUGUCGCGUUUUUCAUGCGCGAGGGUAUGACCGAGGAUGAGGCUCGAUCAUGCUUCUACCUCGUUGACACCAAGGGGCUUGUGACAGCGGACCGGGGCGACAGGCUCGCCGAUCACAAGGUUUACUUCGCUCGGACAGAUAACCAAGGUCAACAGUUCAAGACUCUCGAGGAAGUCGUCGAUCAUGUGAAGCCGACAAUUCUCAUGGGUCUCUCCACCCUUGGUGGUGUCUUUACCCCCGAGAUUCUGCGCAAGGUUGCGGAAUGGAACACUCACCCCAUUGUCUUCCCUCUGUCCAACCCUUCGUCCAAGUCUGAAUGUGACUAUGAGUCUGCUGUGACUCACACGGAUGGACGCGUUCUCUUUGCCUCGGGAUCUCCCUUCCCCACCAUGUCCUUCACCAACUCCGCUGGCGAGACCAAGAUGUACUACCCCGGCCAGGGUAACAACAUGUACGUCUUCCCGGGUAUCGGUCUCGGCACAAUCCUGUCAAAGUCCGUCAAGGUCACUGAUAGCAUGAUCUAUGCUUCCGGUGAAGCCCUCUCGAAGGCUCUCACCGCGGAGGAGGUCGAGCGCGGUCUCCUCUACCCUGACUUGACCCGAAUCCGUGAUGUCAGUGUCGUCGUGGCACGCAAUGUCAUCCGGGCUGCCCAGGACGCCAAGGUCGACCGUGAGACUGCUUUGCGCAACAUGAACGACGAGGCUCUUGAUGCUUGGAUCAAGGCUCGCAUGUACGACGCUCACUCCGAAGUCCACUCUCUGGAGCGGGAAGUCGGUGCUAUCCUGUCCAGUCUUGGAGGCCUCAGCCUGAACGGCGUCCCAGAAGACCUGGACAAGAAUGCUAAGCUGUAA